AUGUCCCGCCCAUAUCGCUCCAAGCGCCACCGUCCCUGCGAUCAAUGCCGCGAGAGAAAACUUGGCUGUCAGACCGAGGAUGGCCUGCCUUGCCUGCGAUGCCGGGCCGCCGAUCUGUCCUGUACCUUUGACCAUCCGCCGCCCAAACGGCGACUUCUUUCAGUUCAAUCAGUUCCUGAAUCUCUUCCGGAUCCUGUGCAGUCGAUUCUUCCUGAAUCUGUGUCUCACUCACUCCCGUCAGUUCCACCAGAACCAGUUCCCUCUGCUCAGUCCGCCCCCUCCGCCCACUCCCCCGGCAUCCUCGUUGGCCGUUCUGUUACCCAGUUCGUACAGUCCCUCGAUCAGCUUCAAGGCUUCUCGGCCCAGCUGUUUGGCGCCUCUGCGGAAUCUGAUCCCUGGUUGCUGCGACACUGCGCCUUUGACGAUGCCGGCGUCAAGUGCUUCUACAAGGUGCACUUCCGCAAUGCCGGCGGGGUGCCCACGGCCGACAAGAUUCCCGUGCAUUUCCUCAUCUCCGCCGAUGACUUGGCCGACGCCGACAAGCGGGAGACCUCAUGUCGCCGCGAGGUCGCCCUAACUUCGGACGAGAUCUCGGUGCGUGAGGAACUGCACCGUCUGGUGCAUCCCGAGUCCGGUCUGCGUCUGGUCGCCCUGUUCGUCAAGUACGUCUAUCCUGCUCUGCCCGUGGUGUCGCGCUCGCAGCUGGGAUUGACGCCCUCGAGCUGGUUGCCCGAGCCGGCCGUGCUACAGCGCAUCCCCGUGCAUCUGCUCGCGGCCAUCUACGCCGCUGCGCUGCCCUUCGCCGCGCAGGACGACUAUCUCUCCGUGCUGCACACCUACGGCGCUCCCUCGUCGUCGCGCCUGUGGCGUCUGGUCUACGAGCUCGUCGCCGAGGAGAUCCACACGCCGCAUCUGGCCGUAUUGCAGGCGGCACUGCUGUAUCUGCAUCGGCCGCAGGACGACAGUCGCGCCGACUCGCCCUUCGUCUGGUCGUGGGUCGGCAGUCUGGUGGGCCUGGCCACCUCGCUCGGUCUGCACAUUGAAUGCCGCAUGUGGGGGAUUCCAGCCUGGGAGAAACGCCUGCGUCGGCGCCUGUGGUGGGCCGUUUAUGCCGAGGACAAAUGGCGCAGUCUGCUGCUGGGUCGUCCGCCCUAUAUCCGCGCCGACGAGUGGGACGUCGCCGAGUUGGAUGCCGCCGAUUUUGCCUUUCACCAUUGUCAUGCAGUGGACCCAGUGCCGUUUCGCUAUUUGGUGGAUCUGUCCCGCAUUGCCGAGCAGAUCUACGAUGCCUUCUAUACCCUGCGCCAGUCGCAGUAUCUGUCCGAACGCUUUCGCGCGUCGCACGACAUCGGCCGUCCGCUGUUGGACCGGCUGAACGACUGGUAUUCGUCGCUGCCGGAGUCCUUCCGACUGCCCAACUGGAGCAAAUCCGUCAGUGGUCUGGCUCCAUAUCCCACCUCCAUCCACUUCGCGUACAUGAUCCUGGUGCUGUUCGUUUACCGCGCUUUGCUGCGACCCAUGGCACGUUCGUCCAGUCCGCCGUUGAUCUUCGACCUGGACGAGAUGCCCGACCCCUCGGCGGCCGUGGAUACUACGACCGCCGACGAGGACGACGCCCCACUGCUGGAUUGCUUCAACAUGCCCGAGAUCGACUCCUUCCCGGCCGUCGACCUGACCGACCACGGCACGGGCGAGACGACACUAAACGCGGCCGAACGCUGUGCCUCCAUCGUCAUCAGCUUCACGCGACGAUUGACCGCCAGCGACUUCACGGGAUUCUGGUACUCGUGGUCGCGCAUCGGGUUCGCCACCGUUUCGAAUUUCGUGCUGCUGUUGCUGGUACAGGCGCCCAAUGCCGAGCGAGCCAGUAAGGGCAAGCAGCUGGUGGAUUCAUGGCUGCGCGUGCUGCGCUGUCAGACACAGAGUUUUCCCAUGAUGAAACUCGGAUUGACCAGACUGGAUGCCGUGCAUUGGGUGGGUCUGGAGCAGACCUUUGUUUUGCCACAGCAUGUUCAGGAGGUGAUCGGUAAUAUAUAA